CCAAAAUGUUAAUAUUUAUCUUUUUGCUUCUCAUGGAAAUACACAGCACUGCUGCUGUAACCCACACCCUGAAGCAUUUUUACACAACAUCGUCUCAGGUCACAAACUUCCCACAGUUUGUGGCUGUUGGUUUGGUUGAUGAUGUUCAGAUUGAUUAUUAUGACAGCAACACCCAGAGAUGUGAACCCAAACAGAACUGGAUGAAGGAUGUAGUAGAUCCACAGUACUGGGAGAUGAAGACUGGAAGCUGUCUGUGUGCCCAGUGGACCUUCAAAGCCGAUAUGGAAAUAGCAAAGCAGUGCUUUAACCAAACUGAAGGUGUCCACAUUUUCCAGAGAAUGUACGGCUGUGAGUGGAAUGAUGAGACUGAAGAGGUUACUGGCUACGAACAAUAUGGCUAUGAUGGUGAAGACUGGAUAAAAUGGAACGUGAAGGUUAACAGAUGGAUCGCUGCAAAACAACAAGCUGAGAUCACUACAAACCAAUGGAACAAUGACAGAGUGGAGCUUGCGAGGAAAAAUAACUACCUCAACCAAGAAUGUCCUGCAUGGCUGAAGAAGUUUGUCGACUCUGGGAGGAGCUCUCUGAUGAGAACAGAUCUUCCAUCAGUCUCCUUCCUCCAGAAGUCUUUCUCAUCUCCAGUCAGCUGCCACGCUACAGGUUUCUACCCCAACAGAGCAGAGAUGUUCUGGAGGAAAGAUGGAGAGGAGGUUCAUGAUGGUGUGGUCAAAGGAGAGAUCCUCCCUAACAAUGAUGGGACCUUCCAGAUGAGCGUUGACAUCAAUCUGUCAUCUGUUGCACCUGAAGACUGGAGCAAGUAUGAAUGUGUGUUUCAGCUCUCUGGAGUCAAAGAAGAAAUCCAUAGACUGGAGAAAACAAGAAUCCGGAGCAAUGAAUCAAAUAUCAUGAUGAUCAUCCCUGUUGCUGCUGUAGUUGCUCCCAUAGUGGUCCUUUGUGUCCUUGGUGGGAUUGUAUUCAUCUAUUACCAGAAGAAGAACCAAACCAAGACACGGUCCCAAGAAACUGCUUCUUUAAGUGUCAUGACAGAUGAUAGCCAAGGCAGUAACCCAUCAGAUAAACCAUUGCUACGACGGAAAGCAAACCCUAACUCAUGAGGACUCUGGACACCAAGAUCUGAACCACAUUAAAACCAUGCAGUAUUUUUUUCCCCUAAGUAUUUUUUUACCCUUUCAUUCAAAUAUUAUGUCUGUCUGGAACAGAGCUCAAUUUAUAUUGCUUUUUAAUUUAUUUUUUUUAUGUAAAACAAGCAGAAGUUUUAUAUUAAAGAAAAUUACAAAAUAUUAUAUGGUAUUUUCCUG